AUGGAAAAUCAGCCCCAAAGGGAAGUCGAGUUGAACUUGAAUGAUAUUGUUAGUGAUCCGGGAAAACGCAAGCCAAUUGAAGAGUUCGAUGUUUCAAUUCGUGAUAGAGUACGAAGAGAGUACUUGAAUAAGGGCCCUUGUCAACCAAUUGGACAUAAGUAUGAAAAAAAGAAAUAUGGUAUUCAAGAAAGAAGUUUUCAAGAUAUUUGGUUUAAAAAGUAUACAUGGCUAGAGUAUAGUGUAUCAAAGGAUGCAACUUUUUGCUUUUGGUGCUACCUUUUCAAGAAAUCAGAUAAAGGAGGUCGACAAUCAGACGAUGCUUUUACAAAGACAGGUUGUAGCAACUGGAAAAAUGCACUAGAAAGAUUCAAUUAUCAUGUUGGAGGCGUGAAUAGUUGUCAUAAUCAUGCUAGAAUUCAGUUCGAAGCUUUUCAAGAUCAAAGGAACAGUGUGGCAAGUAUAUUACGGUCAAAUACUCGUGAGAUGGAAGUUGCAUAUCGCAUUCGGUUGACACUCUCAUUGAAUGUGACUCGGUUUCUCUUAAAGCAAGGAUUAUCGUUUCGUGGACAUGAUGAGUCAAGUAGUUCUUUAAAUCGAGGUAAUUUUAUUGAGUUGCUUCUAUGGUUUAGUGAACUUAACGAUGUUGUAUCCAAAACUUUGUUUGCAAAUGCUCCUGCUAACAAUCAAAUGAAUUCACCACGAAUUCAAAAGGAAUUAGCAAAUGCUUGUGCUUCUGAGGUCACACUUGCCAUAGUUAAUGAUAUUGGAGAUAAAGUUUUUACUCUUUUGGUUGAUGAGGCUCGAGACGUUUCAAUGAAGGAGCAGAUGGGAGUUGUUUUAAGAUAUGUGAAUAACGAAGGAUAUGUGAUUGAGCGAUUUAUUGGGAUCGUGCAUGUAACUCCCAUCUGCUCCUUCAUUGAAACGUCUCGAGCCUCAUCAACCAAAAGAGUAAAAACUUUAUCUCCAAUAUCAUUAACUAUGGCAAGUGUGACCUCAGAAGCACAAGCAUUUGCUAAUUCCUUUUGA